AACCAGCCGAGCUUGCUAAGCCCAACGAGAGACGCCCCGGAGGCUCUGCCAGCUGCGGUUGAACCGCGCGGGAUAACUAGCGCUUUGCCCGGACCCCAAGGGAAGAAUGCAGACAAUCAAAUGUGUGGUGGUAGGAGAUGGGGCUGUAGGUAAGACCUGCCUCCUCAUCAGUUACACGACAAAUGCCUUUCCUGAGGAGUAUAUCCCCACUGUCUUCGAUAACUACAGCGCCCAGACAUCUGUGGAUGGCCAGAUUGUCAGCCUGAAUCUGUGGGACACAGCUGGCCAAGAGGAGUAUGACCGACUGCGUACGCUCUCCUACCCCCAGACCAAUAUCUUUGUCAUUUGUUUUUCUAUUGGCAACCCAUCUUCAUAUGCCAAUGUGAGGCAUAAGUGGCACCCAGAGGUCUCCCAUCAUUGCCCUAAUGUACCUGUUCUGCUGGUCGGCACCAAGAGAGAUCUUCGGAGUGAUCUUGAGACAGUGAAGAAAUUGAAGGAACAGAGCCUAGUGCCCACAACUCCUCAGCAAGGCACUUCCCUGGCCAAACAGGUGGGGGCUGUGAAGUAUCUGGAAUGUUCUGCUCUGAUGCAGGAUGGGGUACAUGAGGUAUUUUUGGAAGCUGUCCGGGCUGUGCUUUACCCUGCUACAAAGAAGAACACCAAGAAAUGUGUCCUCUUAUAGCUUUUGAGAUGCUGCUUGGGGACUUCACCUAAGGAGAAUAAGUGACAAUUUCUUUGAUAGCAUUUAACAACACCAAUGUGAGCCAUUUAUCUUUUCUUCUGGAAACCCUGGACUUUGGCAUUUGGAGAAAUGAAGACAGGCUAGUUUGCAUGUGGCUACCCUGAAUUUUGGUCUGAACCUUUUGGAAUAAGUUUGAGGGUGGGUGCGUGUGAGUGUGUGCGUGUGUGUGUGUCUCCUAUCAAAACAUUAAGAGGAGAUACCACCAAGUGCUGUUCUUUUUCUGUCCUGGCCAGGCCAUGACUAAGCAGUGCAGACUAGUGUUGUUCUUUAUUGGCGUUUGCUUGUCUGCUUAUAAAUCUGAUUUCAACAUUUUUUGUCAUAUUUAGCAGAGAGCAAAUGCUUCACAGAAAGACAAGUUUUUCCAGUUUUCAAAAAUUGUCUUAAACUUUGUGAUACACUGAAUUUUGGAAGCCAUUUUAUGUGUGAUUUCUAGGUGCUCCAAAUGUUGACAAAUUUUUCUCCAUUCUUGAGGUGAGACAUUUUCCCCAAAAUAGUUAAGCAGUAUUUCCUAAAGCUCUGUGAUAUGGUAAUAAAUGUUCCUUGAAAGGAACUGGUGAUUUAAAUAUAAACAGGUUCCUCUACUGUAGGAAUUUACAAUUUCUUAUAAGCAAUGUUUCCCAUGUUUAUUUCACUGAGUGUUCCCAUGCAACACCUACUAACAUCCCUGGGAAAAGUUUCAGAGAUGCUAGGUUAGCUGGAACCAGGAAUUCCCCAUGGAGGAACCUAUGGGGAAAAAAGGUUCACACAAUUCUGGUCUUUCUGUUGUUUCCCUCUUCAUGCCUUUGAGAUAAAUACUGAUCAGUUACAGAUUUGUGGCCAGUUCCUCAGCUUUGGGAAUGGGGUUGGUAUUUAGUUAUCGUGCAGCACUGGAUGUAUAAUCUGAUAUCAGAUCUGCUAUUAGGUUCUGAUAGCACAAUGGGCCCAGUGAUGUGGAACUUCAAUCCCUUCAAAAUGCUCUGUCUCUGAAGCUUCUGUGGGGCCCUUUAUUUCUCUGCCUCCUGCUUCAGGGAAGGGCAUUGGAGAUAAAUAAAACAAGCAAGAUGUCCUACUAGCUAUUGUCAUGGAAUUCUGUAAUUCCUCUUUGAGACUUCCCUGCUGAUUUCAUUGCUAUCUUCCUGUCCCUCCCUCCCAUGUGAUUUUUUUUCCUGUGUUCAGCCCUGUGUGCCCUUUGAAGUCUUUUAGUUGCUCCUAGAGAGGAGUAUUUUGGAUCCUGUAGGGAUUUUGCUGGAGUGGCUCUGCAUACUUGGGCAGUAAGAGCCUGACACCAUAUGUCAGUGACCUGCUUCUCCUUAUUCCCACUAAUUGUAUUUUUGACCUUCAUUUGAUAUGGAAGGCAACUUCUCUGCUUGGCAGAUAGCAUUUGGCAGCUCUACCAUGCACAUGCCCUCACCCUUCCAAAAUAGCAAUUUUUAAGAGAUUGGGAAAUGGGCCAAAAGGAUCAAAUCCCACCACACCCCCAGCCCCGUGGAUGAAGUGACUUUGAUAGCCCUGUUGCUCUUUGACUUGCUAGGCUAACUGAACCUCCUGAAUAGGGUUGCCAGAUAAAAGUCAUCCCUUACAAAUAACUUUUUUAGUAAAAGUGUGUACAAUGCAAUAUUUGGUACACACUUACACUGAAACUUAUUUGCUUUUUUUUCCUGAAAUUCAUCCUAUAUUUUUAUCUGCUAAAUCUGGCAACCCUUAUCUUGAAAAAGUGGAACCUGGAGUCAUGUAGGUAUCAUACAUGGUAUCAGUAGCAAGAAGGGAAGGUUGGCCCUUCCUGGUGGCCAGCGGGUUGGGGUGCAGC